AUGGGCUCAACAACCAUCUACGACCAAGUCACAACGCACUAUGGCAAAGCCGCGAAAGAAGACUACGGCGACGGAUCCUACGGCGCCCGCGUCGCUGCGGAAUUCGGAUAUAGUCAAGAGGAACUGGAUUCUGUGCCGCAGGAGUCGAAUUUGGGGUUGAGUUGUGGGAAUCCGUUGGCGAUUGCGGGGAUUAGGGAGGGGGAGGUUGUGGUCGAUUUGGGGAGUGGGGCGGGCUUCGAUGUGUUCCAGGUCGCGAAGAAGGUGGGACUGAAAGGCAAGGCUAUCGGAAUCGAUUCGAGUGAUGAUAUGCUCGCCCGCGCGAACCAGAUCAAAACGAAACUCAGCCAUGGAGAUAAUGUGCAGUUCGUCAAGUCUGGGAUCACGGAUAUCUCCCUAGAGGACUCCUCGGCCGACUGCAUUAUCAGCAACUGCGUCGUGAACCUCGUACCGGAAGAGGACAAACACCUCGUCUUCACCGAAAUGGCACGCGUCCUCAAGCCGGGUGGUCGGGUCGCGAUAAGUGACAUUCUGGCCAAGGGACCGUUGCCGGAGGAGGUCAAGAAUUCGAUGGCGCUUUACGUUGGUUGUAUCGCGGGCGCGAGUCAGGUGGAGAGUUAUGAGAAGUGGUUGAGGGAGGCGGCAUUCAAAGAUGUGCUGAUUGUGUAUUCGAAGAGCGAUCUGAACGUCUACAGGCAUAGCGAUGGGACGAAUGCUGGGUGCUGUGCGCCGCCGGAGCCUGCGAAGGAGGAGAAGAAGGGGGGAUGCUGUGGGCCGAAAAAGACGUCGGUGCCGGCGCAGGCGAAGACGGUGGAGGAUUUUGGUGAUGUUGAUUUCAAUCAGUUUGCUGGUUCGUUCAAGAUCUAUGCUAUCAAGCCUUGA